UUUCCUCCUGGCAGGCUGUGCCGGCCACGUGCCGUCUCCUCGGAGUGUUUCCCAGGCGUGUGUCCCUGCCUCGCUGGGUCACUGAGCCCUCCGUAGUCCGUGAAAAUCACAGCCACCCUGCUUCAUCGGGAUCCUUCAGUUCUGCUGACUCUUUGGCUUCCUGGUCUUUGCCCACCCUGUUCCUUGACCACAUCCUGUCCAGACCUUGCUCUUGACUAACCCUGCCCUUUCGGAGGCUUCGGGAAGAGCAGACAGCGUCACUCGGAGGUACAGGCAGAGUUUGUCCUCGUUCUGUAGGAUACUGGCUGCAGCGGCAUCGAUUCGGGAGCCAUGGGCCGCCGGCUCAUCCAUGGUGUCUCUGGAGCCGCACUCUUCCUUGCCAGUGUGGCUCUCCUCUCUGUGUGGCACCGUGGGGCUCGGGAAGCAGCUCGGUACCCAGGGCUCUGGGAGGGGAUGUUGGAGAAGCCAGAGCAACAGAGAGAAGGGAGCCCAGAGGGAGCUGGUGGCAGGGGGCAGAAGGACCUCAAACUCCAUCCUCCGGAGGUAUACAGGACUGAGGGCAGCCUGACGCUUGGGGACAUCUUCAUAGCUGUGAAGACAACCAAGAGGUUUCACCAGAGCAGGAUGGAGCUGCUCCUGGACACGUGGAUAUCCCAGGUCAGCGAACAGACCUACAUCUUCACUGAUGAAGAAGACGGUGCCUUGAAAAGCAGAAUGGGUGGCCAUGUGAUCUUCACCAACUGCUCUGCUGAGCACAGCCACCUGGCGCUGUCCUGCAAAAUGGCUGCAGAGUUCGACGCCUUCCUGGCCAGCGGUCUGAGCUGGUUUUGCCACUUGGAUGAUGACAACUACCUGAACCCUCGGGCGCUCCUGAAGCUCUUGUCCUCCUACGCGGAGACGUGGGAUGUUUACCUGGGCAAACCCAGCCUGAACCGACCCAUCUGGGCCUCUGAAACGCUGCCAAACAACCAGACAAAACCCGUGCACUUCUGGUUUGCCACAGGAGGGGCUGGGUUCUGCAUCAGCCGCGAGCUGGCAAGGAAGAUGGUGCCCUGGGCCAGUGGCAGGAACUUCCUGAGCACUUCCGAGCUCAUCCGCCUGCCGGAUGACUGCACCGUGGGUUACAUCAUCGAGUGCAAAGUCGGUGGGCAGCUGAUUCCCAAUACACUCUUCCACUCCCACCUGGAGAACCUGCAGCUCAUCCCCACCUCUCAGCUCGUGCAGCAGGUCACCCUCAGCUAUGGUGUGUUUGAGAACAAGCUCAAUGUCAUUGAGCUCAGCGGCCCCUUCUCGCCCCAGGAGGAUCCCUCAAGGUUUCGAUCCCUCCACUGCCACCUCUACCCCGACACUUCCUGGUGCCUGCAGGCUGUUGGCUGGUGAUGCCUGAGCCCCAGCUACAGC